AUGUAUUACACCUCGCCGGGCCAUACUGUCUUGCCAGCAGCACCAUCUCGCUGCCCACACUGUCGGAGUUACCUUCCUUGGAAGACGAGAGAGUCGGGAGUUGCUGAGGCAGUGUGUUCAAACCCAGAGCAUGAAUUGUACACUGUCAAUCUCGACUUUUCGUCACCAACACCAACACUUCAUUCAGCUUCCAUGCCGCCUGGUACACGAAAUUCUCGAACACCACCUACUACCAGCACUUCUGGCUGUAUUGCGCAUGACUGUAAAGCUGGACCAACAAAGCUUCACCGUGCAUGUGGCAAAUCUCUCUGCCGCAAACACUGCAACGAAGAUGGGCCUUGUAACUACCCUGGACACGAGACUCACCGGCUUAAGAAGAUUGGUGUGAUACGGCGGCCAAUGCAAAGCAAUCAAAUCUCCCUCCCACCUCCAUCCACGGCAACAUGGACAGGUGGCCCACCUUACACCCAACGACCUCCAUCAUCCCUUGAUCGUCUACCCUACAUCCAGCCUAGAGCUUCUCGAGCUCUUCCUGUCAAUGUUAUCGACAAGGACUCAUUCGAGUCUAGUCAGCAGAGUCUCGCAGCACUCGAAGCGUAUCAGCGUGCGCAAGAGGGGGAACUUCAGGCAUUCGAUAAAGCCUUGCCAUACGAUCUUACCCUUCCGGAGCCGGAGCUGUCGCUUGAAAGUGAUUACGCACUUGCUAUGCGAGUUCAACAGGCCCUUAAUGAGGAGUCGAAUCGACAAGACGAUAUAUGGGAUGCUGGGCCAUCACAGCUGAUGACGACACCAGCUUCCUCUCGACGUUCUCUCCCACCAAUACUCCCUGACUCCCCCGAACUUUCUCCCCCACCAACCCUAUCCUCUCUUCAAUCUAAGCCAAGAGCAACUGGUGCUCGUAGCCGCAUCACGCAACAAAUGACAGAUUCAUGGAUGGACCCUCCAACCCCGACAAAUGCUUUCGAAAAUGUGCCACCAGCAAGUUUCUUGGAUGUUCAGCCAAGUUUUUUGAAUACGCAUCCGCGGAAAAAACGACUCGCCCAAGAUCUUAGCCUUGUCCAGCGGUUCCGUUUAUUGUUUCUCAACGGCAGUGACCCUCAAAUGGUUUAUAUCAAUACUGUCAAUAAGCCCACGAUUGCAUGGCCACGAUAUCGACUCUCCGAUGACCCGAUGACUAUGGAGAAGAUUGGAGUCGAUGGCAAAGCCCAGCUACAGCUUUAUAACGAACCCUUCUGGUUAGACAUCGACCUCGACCACACACACAUUGUCAAGACCGACAUAGUUCUUAUUCUGCGUAUUCGGAACACUGUUGGCGAAAAGGAUGAUGAAGUAAUCCAGAUGGCGCUCCAUCCAACUACCGGCCCUCAUAUACGCAACAACCUACCUGCCGAACGCAAGGCAGUGCGUGUCAAAUUACGGGAGAUGGGUAUUAAGGCAGACGACUCAGAUGUCGAGGUGACCGGGCAUAGGUUUCUAAAGGGGAAGCGAAAGCGGGUUCCAUCAGUCGAGGUCAUCACACCGCAAAAAUUAUCCAAGCCACGUCUGCAAAUUAACACUACUAUCCCACCAUUAUCCGACACUUUCACGUUCGACUCUCCACCUCCCUCAGCCCUGUCCCUGCAGUCGCAUACAUUCCAUUCAGCCACAUCUAUCGACUCCUCUUGUCCUUCAUCACCAAACUGUGACGAUGUUUCUUGUCCUUCAUCACCAAUUAUUGGCGACUCCCAUCGCAAACAACUAUCGUGGCCGCGUGGACUCACUGUCAAAGAAAUGGAGGAUGGGUUUGCUGCAAUGACCCAAUUGAAGAGCCGUUACCCAGGACUCAAGCGGGAGCAAUGCUUUGAACGAGUCUUCAAAGGCCGCUAUGUACAUGCAACCUUUGACAAGCAGAAGGCAAUUUGGCUUAGGGCAUCGUCACUGCUUCGAAAAGAGGGUCGAGACAGUGGGGCACUCUGGACAGCUUGGCGAAAGAAGGUUUAG